AGCAGCUGAUUUUCAAUGUGUACAAAUUACAGCGCCUGAAGAUUUUGCCUGAGUCUAACUUAAAAUACAAAUUUUUUGAGUUGCUGUUUUUAUAAUGAAUACGUUGCGGCCUUGUGGCUGCAAAGGCGUCCGUACUUGCCUGACCUGUGAGAAGGACUAUGAAAUUGAGAAACCAUCGCUCCAACAGCAAUUUCAACAACUAGACGCCUGGUCAUAUUGCACACAAUGCAAAAGACUCUUCGCCGGAUGGGAUACGAAGGCGGUGCAAGCGGCGCAUCCAGCGCACAAUGGGGCUGAAAGUCUGCCCCUGCCUGGUAUAUUGGUGCAGGAGAAAUUUCUAUCAAGUACCGAGGGGGUACAGCUUAUGUCCGACCUGGAUAAUUUGCCCUGGGUCAUUUCACAAAGCGGUCGCCGCAAACAAAACUACGGCCCCAAGACGAACUUUAAGAAGCGCCGCCUGCAAGUGGGCGCCUUCGAAGGAUUCCCCAUUAGCACACAGUAUGUGCAGGAGCGCUUUGAAUCGGUGCCGCUGCUGCACAAUUUCCAGACAAUCGAACAGUGCUCGCUGGAGUACGAUCCCAGUAAAGGUGCCAGCAUAGAUCCGCAUGUCGACGACUGCUGGAUUUGGGGCGAACGCGUUGUUACGGUCAACUGUCUGGGUGAUGCGGUGCUCACCUUGAAUCUAUACGAGCAGCAGCAGCAGUCGGGCAAAUAUAAUCUAGAUCUGGUGCCGCAAUACGAAGAGAAACUGCUGGAGCCGCUCUUAAAUCCCCAGCAGCUGGCGACUUACGAGGGUAAAGUGCUGCGUAUUCCCAUGCCAAACCUCUCGCUGAUAGUGCUUUAUGGACCCGCACGCUUUCAGUUCGAGCAUGCUGUGCUGCGCGAGGAUGUGUCGGAGAGACGCGUCUGCAUUGCAUACAGAGAGUUCACGCCCAUGUAUAUUGAUGGCGUGGACAGGCAGCAGGGCGAACUAGUAAGAGACAAAUCCCAUUUGUUCUGGCCAAUUAAAACACAUUAAAGUCGAGUUUACUAAAAACUAAAUUUA